AAGCUGAUGUAGACGUUGACGGUGCCGACCGAUUUUCGCGUGCGAUUUCUCGGGAUUGAAAGUGGAUCGACACGCGAUCGAGAAAACAGAACUCGGUAGAAUCGCGGGUGAACCUCUCUUCUUUCUUAUUACAACGUACGUGGAUCCAUGACGGUGAUGACGAGAAACGCACCGUGCUGCUUUUUAAUGUUGCUACUCUCAUUGACGUUUCUGUGCGAUAUUAACGCGUACCCGAAGUUGGACCUUCAGACCGAAGACAGGGAUGGUCUUGAGCAAGAACUCAAAGAAUUGUGGCCCUUCGUUCAACCAGCAAACGAGAAUGACUUCGCACCCCAACGAGAGGAGGCUUUGCAGAAAAUACAAGAGAUCCUCGGUAUUCGGAGUCAGAACGAGAAUCUAGCCUAUCGCAAGGUACCGCCGCAAUUCAUGAUGGAACUCUACAACACUAUCGUCGAUCCCAGCGGAGUUACGCGAGGCCGGAAUCCGUACAACGCCAGAAUCGUGCGCAGCUUCGUUGAAAGAGACGUUUCCUCGUCGAACUUCUAUUUCUUUAAUGUCUCGGGACUGGAGAUGAACGAAUCGGUGCUGGAGGCUGAGCUUCAUCUCUAUCGAAAAAAAAUACCGCCGAGAAACGUACAUCCGCUAACGCCUGCGUCGCCUUAUUAUCUUAUAAGAGUGUAUCAAGUCCUGGACGAUCGCAGUCUUGAUGUGCCAGAUUUUCACAGAUUAUUGAAUGUUCGUUACGUCGGUGCGCACGCUUCCGGUUGGCAGAUAUUCAAUGUGAAGCAAGCCGUUCUCGACUGGAUAAGCGGUGAACCGAAUCUGGGCCUCUUGGUGACAACUCAGAAUCUAUUCCAGGACGAGGUAUCGGUGGAGUUUUCCCGCCGAAACGAUUAUCACCAUAGUAAGCAGCCGAUAUUAGUGCUCUUCGAUGAUGACAGUAGCGAUCGGUUCAAUGAAAAAUCGGUAACCGCGCCGCGAUAUUAUGCAUACGGAAAACAAAACGACAACGAGGAGAACCAUGAAAAAGGUCCAGUGUACGAGGAUGCGGAGAACGAGAAGAUCGACCUGGAGAACGACUAUGAUGGCGCGGAACACAACAGGAGGCACAAGAGGCAACAGGAAGACGACGGUCAGCCCGAGGAGGUUCUAUUGGUAAACAGACGGGAGCCGGAAUUUUUCCAGCGGCAAAAGAAAAGACGUAAAGAGGAAGAGGAGGAGGAGGAAAAGAAGGAUCAGGGUGAAGCUUCUCGUUAUGGCAAUUUUCUAGAAGCGACGAGGCGCCGUCGUCGCGACGCGAUGUCCUCUCGGAAACACACUUCCUGUGGUAUCGUAUCGAGAAAUUGCUCGCGGAUCACACGAAUUCUCACGUCGAUGGACAUCUACGAGAGAGCGAUGUUUCGCGAGAGGCUGGGACAGGUGGUGAGGAACAGGUCGACGACGACGGUCACAGGACGACGUCGUCGACCGGCGCGAUCGGCAAGUAGCCAGAGCUUGUUGGCACCGGAACAGUCGGGGAACGCAACCGAGUGCACGAGGCAUGAGCUCUACGUGGACUUCCACGACAUUGGGUUGUCAUCCUCGAUAAUCGCACCGGCUGGCUAUUCCGCGUACCAAUGCAAGGGCGUGUGUGAGCCGCCCCUCAGCCAAAACCAGCGGCCGACGAACCAUGCGACGAUACAGGCGAUCGUACACAAGAUGGCCAAGGGCGUCGAAAGACCGUGCUGCGUGCCAACCAAGCUGCUCAGCACCAGCAUUCUCUUCUACGACGACAACGAGAACGUUGUGCUCAAGAUGUACGAGGACAUGAUCGCAGACCAUUGCGGAUGUCGUUAAGAGGGGAAAAAGAGGGAGGAAAACCUGAUCGUUUCCGAGGUGUCGGCCAUGAUUAAGAUAAAUGCUGAGUGAAGAAAACAGUGAUAUAUAAAGGAAGGAAGAAAUAUAUAGAGAGGUAAAUAGAGAAAGUAUAGGUCUAGACUUUUAGAUCUGAUUCGUGAUCAAUUAAUUCUUUUCUGUUACACUAAAGAAAAGUAUCGCUAAAUUAUUUAAAUGGAGAUUCGUAUUGUAAUACGCAAGAUGGAGAUUAAAUUUUGCGAUGAUGUUUUCAUAAUUGGCAUAGAAUAAACAAGUUGAUCGUUGUCUCAUUUUUUCUUGCAGCUAAAUAAGAAUUACAAAAUAAUUCGUUCUUUUUUGUAAAUAGCCAGGCUAUUGAUCGAUGGCGUUUGAUUCUCCUAUUUGACUGUUUCAUCGUUAACGUGUUCAGUACAACAACGGCUUGAGCAUUUAUUUAUGACUAUUAUU